AUGAUUUCCAACGCCCCCGAAAUCAACAAAAUCAUCGACGCCUACACCUCCAAACCCAAUGGAAUCCCCGGCCUCGUCGCCCGCGCUAUAACCAAAGACGGCUCCCUCCUCUACGAACACGCCUCCGGCCUCCGCGACCUUGACAACAAAGACCAGCCGUUGACCAUGGAUACCGUGUUCUGGAUCGCGAGUUUCACGAAGUUGGUUACGACGAUUGCGGCGAUGCAGUGCGUGGAGAGGGGUGAGAUCGAUUUGGAUGUUCCGGCCGAACAAUACCUUCCUGAUUUGGGGACGCAGAGGAUUUUGACACAGUUUGAUGAUGAUGGGAAGCCAGUGUUUAAGGAGCCGAAGACGAAGAUUACGGUCAGGAUGAUGCUCACCCACACCUCUGGCCACACCUAUGAUUUCUUCAACGAGAAUACGUUGAAGUGGAAUAAGAUGAACGGAAUUGUGGGGAAUGCAAAGAAUGCGACUUUUGGGACAACGAGGGAUGCUAUCGAGGCCCCGUUGGGGAGUGAGCCGGGGACGAAGUUUGAGUAUGGGGUUGGGUUGGAUUGGGUUGGGUUCAUCAUUGAGAGAAUUAGCGGGAUGAGUUUGGACGCUUACUUCAAGAAGCAUAUCUUGGAGCCAAUCGGGGCCAAGUCGACCUCCUUCGUCCCCACCGCAGAGAUGGUCAAGCGCCACAGCGGAAUGCACAAACGCGAUCUCGAAACCGGCCUCCUCACCUCUCGCCACCACGCGAUUCCCCUCAUUGAAAACGAAAUCGAAGUCCAUUUCGGCGGCGGCGGGCUGCACUCCACAGCCGAAGAUUACUGCCGGGUCCUCCAAGUCUUGUUGAACGACGGCACCAGCAUGACGGGUGCGAAGAUCCUGGAGAAGAGUACUGUGGAUAGUAUGUUCAUCGACCAAACUACACCCCUCGGGAUCUCCAUUGAAGACCCCAUCCCGAUCGCAAUCCCCGAGCUUCAUAACCCCGUUCCGAACCUCAUGCCCGGCGUCCGCAAAGGUUGGGGGUUGUCGUUCUUGAUAUCCCACGAUGAGUUACCGACGGGACGGUCGGCGGGGAGUGUCUGGUGGGCUGGGAUCGCGAAUUGUUUUUGGUGGAUUGAUAGGGCGAAGGGGGUUGCUGGGGUUAACUUGACCCAGCUUUUGCCGAUGGGGGAUCUGGAGGUUGCGUUUUGUUGGAUGGCGUGGGAGACUGCGCUCUACAAAGGCUUACAGGAGAAGGCCUGA